GUAGUGCGAGCUCUGCGAGCGGCCAUGGAGACGCUGUGCAGCGGCGGCGAAGGCCGUUCCACCGCGGAGCCGGCAGCCGAGGAUGAGCGGCGUUCGGCGGUAGCUUCCGCCGCUGGCGACGCCAUAACUCCCACCGAAACCGCUGUCCUUGGCGCUGCUGGUGCCGCCGCCGCCUCGGACGACGGCGGGACGGAUUCGGACGACAGCGGGACGGACUCGGACGACAGCGGGCCGGACUCGGACGACGACGGGACGGAGGACGUACGUCGACUGCUGGCGCUGGGCGCGGACCCGACCUUGCGGGACGCCGACGGCGACACCGCCUACCACCACGCCGCCGCCGGCGGCAAGUUCGCGAUGCUGGAGGCGCUGUUGGAGGCGACGGAGGCGGCGGCGCCGGAGGGGGCGGACGGGGCGCGCUGGGCCAAGAUGGCGGCGGACGCGCGGGGCCGCGACUUGCGCACGCCGCUCCACGCGGCCGCGGAGGGCGGGCACGUGUUGGCGGUCUGCAUGCUGCUCGCGGCCGGUGUCAGCGUCGACGCCGCCGACGUAAACGGGCGCACCCCGCUGCACUUAGCGACCGACCAAGGCCACUGCGAGGUGGCGAAGGUGCUGCUGGGGGAAGGCGCGGCGGUGGACGCCCCAGACAAGAACACACGCAUGCCGCUGGACGCCGCCGCCUCCGGCCACGCUCCCCUGGUGCGCCUGCUGCUGGAGAAGGGCGCCGACCCCUUGCGCCGCGACGCAGCAGAAGGCACCAGCGUGGUUCACGCCGUGCGAGGAGGGGAUCGCGAAACGCUGCAGAGGGUUGCCGCUGGUAACACCGACGAAGCCAAACAGUUGUUGCUUGUGGCUGCAGCCAAGGGCGGCAGCGCCCGCGCAAUCAAAGCACUGGUUGUCGCCGGCGCGAGUAGCCGAGAGCCCGUCCUGCGACUAGCCUUUGAGAGCGCGGCCAACGCAGAUGUCGUCUGGGCUCUGGGGGACGUCGACCCGAGCAACUUCCGGCAGGCAGCGGAGGCGGCGUUGCUGCCGCUUGCGACCGCCGGCAACGUCACGGCGCUCAAGGCUGUUAUCGCCACAGGAGUGGAGUUCAGUCAACGCGCUUUUGAAAAUCUCGCACGCGCCAUUGAAGACAAUAGCAAAAUUUAA